CUUACAUACAAUUUGGACUUAGUCUGUUACACAACUGUUUCUUUCUUCAUUCUGCCCGCAUCACCUCGCCGGCGUUUUCCUCCAACACGUUUAACACUUUGCUUUUAACAUAUUAAUAAUUGGAAAUGAGUGGAGAUCAUUCCCACAACGAUAGCCAGGUAAUAUUUGUAAUCGUUUGCCGUGUCAUUGCGAAUGAGCUUUGUAGAACAUUAAACUCGCUUGCUGUUUUAUUUGCCUCAGCAGCCAGGCUACACUAACGUUAGCUAGCAAGGUAACUUGGCUAACUAGCCAAUCGACAGUGAAUAUAAUUGCAACAAAUGUGACAGAAAUACUUGUUUUGUCAUACUUUUAAUAUUGUGAUUUUCAGAUAGUCCAUUCAACUGUGAACUUUGUAGCUAGCUAACGAUGGCAAAGGCACUGUGCGCUAGCUCGUUAUCCAUUUUAUCAGACUAGUCUCAUUGGCCAACCAUCAGCAGGGUUGCUAGCUAGCUAGUCGUUAGCCAGUAAGCUAGCCAACAAGUUCAAAGUUAUCCAGCUAGUAAGCAAUCAAUCAAGAAACAUGGCUAGCUAACCAAUCUUUGUUUUACAAUUUGCAGAUAGACUCCGGCUCUCGGGUCAAUGGUAAGUGUAACGUCAAUAAACUGAAAUGUCACAAUGAUUUUCUCCAAAUUCUGACGUGUCCGCACUGUAGUUAGUUAGCUAACGUUAUCUACCUGCUAACAUGGGCUAGUUCGCUAACAGACAGAUAGCUAGUUUAGCAAAGGACAGAAAUGGCGUCCAGAGACUAAGUCCUCUGCCUCACUCACAAGCGCCUAUUGUUCAAAUGGGUGGCUCUUUAAUAGCUUUUAGACAUUUUAAAAUCUCGACUUGAUCACAAAUUCUUAAAGAACUGGAGGUGUUUUAUUGGUAUGCCAAAUUAGAUUUUGUUGUUGACCGGCUUAAAAUGCCACAUUCCGAGUCUAAAAGUAAGGGUUUGGGGGUUGAGAACUUAGUCUCUGCGCCAUUUUCUUUUUUCUGUCUAGCGGUCUGACUGUAGAAAACAUAGCUGAAGUGCAGAUGGCUGUGAUAUGGAGGGGAAACACGCAGGACCGUUUGUAUCAAGACAUGAUUUCCAGCGGUGGAGGAAGUAAAAUCAUCUGAUGGACCCGUUUUGCUUUUAAACAACAUUAUUGUAUAGUCUUAUCCGAAUUUAUUAUGGAUAAUUUUGUAUCAUAUAGAAAUACAUUUACAUUAGCUAGUUGUAGACUACAAUGCGGGAUUUUAAUAACAUCCCCUGACAGAUUUGUGGUGCAAGUUUGACAAUACACAUUGACAUACACUACUAACACAAUUUUUGAUGACUGAAUUUAUUGAUUUGAUAGCUUUGUUGGCAUGGCCUAAACCACAUGGCCACAGAGGCCUAACAAGUUAAACCCCCAGCAGUGGUAUUUAACAAGUAUUAAUUACAUUUUUUGAGGUUUCAGAAGCUACAUGCUUCCCCUCACCACAGAGUAAAGCACUUUUUUCUGAAAGAUUCUCUUUUUGAACAAUUUCAAAACAGGUCAUGUCAAUUCAUGUUUACUAAUCACACAACAAUGUAUUUCUUAUGGACAAGGACUCCACUCCUAGCCCUUGGUACAGCAUGGUUGGCUGCCUCAACAUUCUACAGCUUUGGACAAACUAAUAAUCUUUCCUGAUGAGUUUUGUGUGGAUCCGUUUCAAAGUCCAGAUAGGGAGUGGGCUUUUGACAUGUAAAGAAGCGAUCGCUGUCUCAAUUCGAAUAUAAAGUUGUCAGAACACUGCAUUGAAACCUGCAAGGAACAGCCUUUCCUGGUUCAAAAAAAUUCCCUGCUCACAGCGAUUUUGUAUGAAUACUAGGCCUAUAUCUUAGUUUGUCGUCUUGGCUCUCACAUCACAUAGUGGGCUUCUGAUAUGGUCCCAUGUGGCUCAGUUUGUACUUGCAACGCCUGGGUUGUGGGUUCGAUUCCCAUUGGGGGGGGGUAUGGAAAUGUAUGCACUCACUACUGUAAGUUGCUCUGAAUAAGAGCAUCUGCUAAGUGACAAAAAUGUAAAUGUAGUGUAGGCUAUCCAUUGUUGGUCAGAACAGCCUACGUCAAGCACAAAACCUGGUACCUUGUUAGAACAUAGAAUAGAAGGGUCCAAUGGAGACUCAGGGGUUAAGCGCUGUCCCUGUAUACAAUAUAUAUUUAUUCCUUGUUUUGUCUUCCGCAGUAAUGGAGCAUGGGGCCCUGAAGUGAAAGCAGCCAGUCACCGAUUUGCUCUUAUUUGUUAGAUUUAAGAUCUACAAGAAACGCUGUAAUGAUAUACCCACUACCCACAUCCAUUACAAGGUCUAUAGGCAAACAUCAGUCCAAGCUCUGCAAGGGCUUGUCCCAAAGAAUCCUCAGUCGAGUUUGUUUAUAAAUACCACGAUACAAAUUUAGAUUUGAUUAUUUCAUGGCUCUGAAGACCUAUAGCCUACAUUCCUACUGCAACCCCUAACUAAUAGAUUCUGCCAAAAUAUCUUAAUUUAAUCUUGCAUCUGUAUCCUCUUUGGUUUUAAAUGCAUUUGCCUGCCAUAGGUGAAGUCAGAUCAUGAGGAAGGGUAAAUACCAUGAUCUGUUUAUUGGUGUCUUAACCAGUAGCUUGCUGUGGGGCAUAGAGCCUUGUGACUGAGUCCCUAUUUUAAAGACUCACACUUUUCAAAACAUGCCUGGAUGGGACUAGGAGAAAGUCAUUUAAUGUAUUAUGUUUCUUUGGCUGUCAACUCUUGUUUGACUGUGUGAAGUACCUGUCUUGUGUAUGUGUCAACUAAGGAGAGAAGAUUGUCAUUGAUUUAGCUACUGUUGCUGCUUGUAGGAGUGUGGUUAAAUGAAAGCAGAUGGACUAGGCCUGUUAGAACCUGCUCCCUCUCUUCAUCCAUGUUGAUACUGUGUCCGAGGAAAAAUUAACCUCAACUGUCAAUGGGCACUAGGAGGUGCUGUCUUACCAUGUAUGCCACAUAUUCUCCCCAGGUUGGCACCAAUGUAUAUCCUCAUGGCCCUAGUCUGACUAAACUUAAUUUGUGAAGGGUAUUCUGUUAAGUGUUUUGAUUUGUCGUGAACAAGGGCCCCAAAUCCAAAUGUGCCUCAAGUUGACUGCAGAUGGUCCUAUUCUGUGUUACCACUACCAACCAGUAAUGUAUUCCAGCUGACACGCAUGCACAUACAAUCCGACGUCAGUAUUCAGAUUCACACCCAGGUGUUAGAUGAGUGUUCUGGCCUUGCACUUCCUGAGCCAAGAGGCACUCUAUCCUGCUCUAUCUAGUCAGUCAUUCAUACAUUACAACGCUGUAGAAUCUUUCCAUGUCUUUUUGUGCACAUAUUUGUAUGAUGCAUGUUUUUUUUCUUACAUUGCCUGUUUUUUUUUUUUAUACUAACUUUAGUUUUCAUCAUGGGAAUCUUGUCUGAACUUGUUUUGUGUUUCUUAAGAGUAGUGUUUACUCAUUGUUCCUGGUGAGGUAGAUGUUUUCUUUUGUGCUUAGUAUUGAAUGUUUUCACCUGCUGGGUUUAGAGAAGGGUUGGGAAAGUGGAUAUUUUUACAGAAUGUUUCUGUAGCCUAAAUGUUGACAAUGGUCAUUAUUUAGCUUUUUCGUCAGUCCUCGUUUUAAUAACUUUCUCAUUUUUGCAGAUUCUCACAAGCAUAAAGAUAAGUACAAGGAUAAAGAACACAAACACAAGGACCACAAGAAGGACAAGGAGCGUGAGAAAUCAAAAUAUGGCAACAGGUAUGACUCUCCAGUUUUUUAAAGCAGGGUUGCGUAGGUGAAACGUAGUGCGUCACUGGGGCAGUAAUUGACACCCACACAUUUGCUUUGUCAAGCUUUUAACGUAGCUGUUUGUAUGGUCAUUUGUCUGAUAAGCAGGGUGUGUAUGACUGGCCAUAGGGCAAGAGACUCCUCACUGUUUUAUUGCUGUAGUACAUACUCUCUUAGUUGAUUUCCUUAUUGGUAUGUUCAGUCUGAUAACUGAUGCAAUGUUUAUGUAAUCUGUGAAAUUCCAGUGACCAUAAGGAGUUCUCGGAAAAGAAACACAGAGAAAAGGAAAAGGAGAGAAUAAAACACAAAGAUGGCAGCACAGACAGACAUAAGGACAAACACAAGGAAAAAGACCAGAGGAAGGAGGAGAAGGUGUGCUAAUUGUCCAAUGGAGAUGGAUGCAUUGCUGCCAUUUUGGUUUAGAUGUGUCAAUCAGUUUGUCGAAUGUUUGUCCAGUCUCUUCCUCAGUGAACCUGAAUGCAUAGCUCUUAACAUUUCAAAAUAUGCAUUUUUUUACUUUUUGUUGUCAUCUUGCAGAUCAAGCCAAAGAAGGAAAAAGAGAAUGGCUUUGCCAGGUAGGUUUAGUUUAUGUAUUGUACAUUUAACAUUUGUGCUGCAUACAAUUACUGGUUACAUAUCUAGGGCCCUAUAAAAUGUGUUAUUUAUUUUGCCUCAAUCUUUGUUUUUCCCAACAUUGUUUCCCCCAGUUUUUUCCUUGUUUUUGGUCUCAAUCACACUUUUUUUUUUUAAUAGAACAUCCCAUGUUGUUUUUCUAAGUCCAUAACAAUGCUUAAACCACACCAGGAGACCACUUUUGGGGUCCUGAAAAAAUAUUAGGUGCAGUUACCCUUUAAUUCAAGUGCAGCGAUGGUUAGCAAUGUUUCUGUCGCGUUCAUGUGAUUCCAGAGUUUACUAAAUAAAUUGCUGCUUGAUUGAUGCAAAUAAUAUAAUUCUGCCAGUUAGACAUGGGCUACUUUGUAGUUAACAUUUAAUUGAGAAGGUUUUUGAGAAAGUCUCAUCUCUACCAGAAGGUUAUUAUUAGCAUAAUUGCUAAGGUCUACACAGUGUAGACAUGUGUGCACUGCACACAUGCAUACAGAUGGGGGCAUUCCUGUGCCGUUGCAGGAAAAUACGAAUCACGGAUGCAUGUUGUUCAUGUCUUAUGAUUAACUUGGGCAAAUUUAAUGAGUUUUCUAAUAAGUUCAAUACAUUUAGUUGAUUUCCUACUAAUUUCAAUACAUUUCUUAAAAUGGUUGAAUUCUGUUAUAAUGUCUGGAUUCUGUGCGUGUUUUCCACAACAGAUUUGAUAGAACCCUAUAUAUUUGAUUUCAAAUGCACAAUUAAUGUAAAUGUUUGAUUUCUAUCACCAGCCCUCAUCGCAUUAAGACGGAGCCGGACAAUGAUGACUUCUACCACUCUCCCAAGUCCCUGAAAAGAGAGCGUGACAAUGACGAGUGAGUAGAUCUGUACUGACCUCUGUCAACUGGCCCACUUCUUCCUUAGUCUUUGGCCCUGUUACAUUUGUACAAUAAAGAUUAUGUUGGCUGUAGUUGCCAUGUUUAGACCAACCCCAUCUGGUUUUUCCUCAUUCUGUUGGGAAAUGACAAUGUUUGAUCAUUGUUGGCUUUGCAGGAACUCUACAGCUGCCUUUCGGUAUGACUAUUGUGUAGUUUGGUGUAGAGAAGACGAAGAUAGUUGUUCAAUCUACCAUUAGUCAGGCCUCCUUAUAAGAUGUUUUUGUUGUUUUAGAACUGAAUUCAAGCCCAAAAAAAUUAAAAUUGAAAAUGACAGAGUGGACAAGAAGGGAAAGAAGAGGAAACAAGACGAGGUAAGUGGAAAUCUUUUGAUUUUAUAUUGGGUCUAUUUCAAUGAUCCGUUGCGAGAAAGGAGACUCAUGCGUUCUUUGUUUCUUGUAAAGGACACCAAGCCCAAAAAGACACAAAAAAACAAGAAAGGGGAAGUUGCUGACGGGAAAAAGAAAGCAAAGAAGGAACCUGAGGAGAAGUGGAAAUGGUGAGUUUCAUAGUUGCCCUCCAGCUGUGUUGCUGCACAGAGCUUUUGUGAAGGCACACUGACUGACUGCUUCCUUGUUAUAGAAUGCUCAUUAUGGUGAUGGUUAAAAUAUGGAUGUUCUGUGUAUCUCUGUUGGAAAAAAGGAAUUAGUUUGUGCAUCAACCAUUUCGUUCUCAUCACUUCACGUUGUUGUACCCUGUUGGACUACAGGUGGGAAGAGGAGAGGGCAACAGACGGUUCCAAAUGGAGGUUUCUGGAACAUAAAGGCCCAGUCAUGGCAGCACCAUACGAACCUCUUCCCAGCAAAGUCCGAUUUUUCUAUGAUGGUAAGAUUAAUACUUGUGCUGCUAAUUCUAUGACGCUUGGUCCUUCUAUGAGUGGGUGUUGCUGAGUGGAAAUGGUGGGUUUGGCUGGUUGAACAAGUCUCUGUUGAAAUCCCUCUGUAGGGAAGCAGAUGAAGCUCAGCCCAGAGGCUGAGGAGGUGGCCACCUUCUUUGCCAAAAUGCUGGACCAUGAGUACACUACCAAGGAUGCCUUCCGGAAAAACUUCUUCAAAGACUGGAGAAAGGUAGGGAAUGUUCAAGGCUGUAGACCUGGGGGGUUUGCAAUUUAAAUUCUUAGAAUUAUUUCAUAUUUUUUUUAGAAAUUGUGAUUUGGAACUGUAAUUCCACACACACGAUCAUGAUUUGUCUACCUUUGUUCCCUCUCCUACAGGAAAUGACCUCAGAGGAGAAGUCUAAGAUCACAGACCUGAAGAAGUGUAACUUCAAUGAGAUGGGGGAAUACUUCAAGGCUCAGUCUGAGGCCAGAAAGGCCAUGACUAAAGAUGAUAAACUGGUGAGCUAGAACAAUACUUUGUGCUUUUUAAAAACAUUUGUCCUUUUUCAAAUGUUAUAACCCCCUUCAGACAACGACUGUCCAGUGAAGUUCUAAAUGAGGCAGUAGUGGUAAUACCUUGAAUCUUCAGGCUGGUCCUGUGUUCCAACAACUGUACCAAGAUCUAACUGGUUUGACUCUGGUUCUCUGCUUCUUGUAGAAAAUCAAAGUGGAGAACGAACGCCUCCUCCAGGAGUAUGGCUUCUGCAUCAUGGACAACCACAAGGAGCGCAUUGCUAACUUUCGCAUUGAGCCCCCGGGCCUGUUCCGUGGCCGAGGAGACCACCCCAAGAUGGGCAUGCUGAAACGCCGCAUCCGUCCUGAGGACAUCAUCAUAAACUGCAGCAAGUGAGUGACAGGGUCCUGGGUAUGGGUGUAACGGUACACGUAUUCGUACCGAACCGUUCGGUAUGGGGACCUCAGUUCGGUCCGCACUGUGAACCCGAAUGAAUACAUAAAAUAUAUAUUUAAAAGAACACUAGGCCUAUAGGCUAUGCCUCUUGAGUAAAUCUGAGCUGAAAAAAACAUUUCAGGCUAUUCCGUUAAAACAACUAGAGCCUAUGCGCACAUUGUAAUCAAAAUUCUAGUCUUAAUUGGCACAUUUCAAACUAUCUUUUUGUGACCACUUAGUAUCCCCUCUACAUUCAAGCAGCCCUUCACAGCUGAUUCUGACCAGGCCAAAGAAAUGACAAGAGCGAUAGGUAUGUUUAUAGCCGUGGAUAUGCUCCCGUUCUCGGUGGUUGAGAAGAAUAGGGGUUUCAGCACCUCAUGAAAGUGCUCGGGCCAUUUUACGAACUUCGUACUCGCACCCAUUUCAGCAAACGGGUAGUACCUUUGACAACUUCAGCUUGCUUAUAUAGCAAUGAAUUGGCGGUUGCACCCUGUGUUGCGCUUAGUACAGAUGGAUGGACCUCCAGGGCUACAGAGAGCUACUUAACAUUGACAGCCUAUCACAUUACCCUGGAGUGGGAAAUGAGAAGUAGCCUACCGUGCUAUGAGUCACACGAGCGCAUCAUUUCUUAUUGUUAGAAAACAUUAUAGCGUAGCCCUAUACAAUGUCUGAGCCAUGUUACAUAUUAAUUUCACAUGCAUUUUGUACUUUUUGUGUUGAGUAAUCGUGUUUUCAUUUAAGAAAAUACAAAGUGUUGUUCCUGAUGGUGCUCUCAAAAAUAAAAAUGUAAACAGUAACUGUUGGCAUUUCAUUUUCCCACUGUACCAAAACCGAACCAUGACCCCAAAACCGCAAUACAUACGAACCGUGGGUGAACCGCUAUACUCCUAGUCCUAGGUGCAGGUGGCAAUAUGAACAUAAUGAAAGAAAAGGCUUACAAUGUGCUAUCCCCUUCUCUUGAUUACAUUGACCGAUGGACUGCUUGUUUGGACCAGAUUAGUGUGUGUUUGUAUCGCCGUGGAUACUUGCUCUGACUCAGCCACUUUAUUAUUUCUCUCUCCCACAGGGACUCCAAGCAUCCCAAGCCUCCCCCUGGCACCAAAUGGAAGGAGGUGCGUCAUGACAACAAGGUGACCUGGCUGGUGUCGUGGACAGAGAACAUCCAAGGCUCUAUCAAGUACAUCAUGCUGAACCCCAGCUCCAGAAUCAAGGUAGGUUGACUAGCAGGUUCAUCUUUAUUAUGGCUCAUGGUGGAUGUAGUGAUUGUGGGGGCGGGAGAUGUAUUGUUAGCUUUUAAUGAAGUCACUCUUGAGACGCCAAAGGCUGCAAUCCCAUUCAACAUUUCUCGAUUCUGUUUAUUUCCUACAUAUUUUUUCAUUGUUGUGCCCCCUGUCUCUUCCCCCUGAUUGCUGUAAUGGUAGUGUGUGUUGGUCCUCAGGGAGAGAAGGACUGGCAGAAGUAUGAGACGGCCCGAAAUCUGAAGAAGUGUGUAGACCGGCUAAGGAACCAGUACCGCGAGGACUGGAAGUCCAAAGAGAUGAGGAUCCGACAGAGAGCCGUGGCACUCUACUUCAUCGACAAGGUGAGACUACUGCUCCACACACACACACACACAGCCCCAAGUUUGGUUGUAACAUGUUCCCUGUGGUGCUGUGCCGCAGCUGGCUCUGAGAGCAGGUAACGAGAAGGAGGAAGGGGAGUCGGCAGACACGGUGGGCUGCUGCUCCCUCAGGGUGGAACACAUCAACCUGUACCCCGAGAAGGACGGCCAGGAGUUCGUGGUGGAGUUUGACUUCCUGGGUAAAGACUCCAUCCGCUACUACAACAAAGUCCCCGUGGAGAAGAGGGUAAGGCAGGCCUUGAAGAAUUGACAUUUCAUCGCAACAUUUUCUGUGUCCUUUUUCACUCGAUAUGAACUACAGUGGUUUCCAGAUUACUCUCACUCCAGAGAAUGCUUGCUCCUUGUUAUUCUUAUGAGUUGUAAAUAUUCUGUCCUCCUUAGGUAUUCAAGAAUCUGCAGCUGUUCGUGGAGAACAAGCAGCCAGAGGACGACCUCUUCGACCGACUCAAUGUAAGAACAAAAAAAUACUUGUGAGGAAGGACUUUCAAUCCACGUUACUUGUGAAUUGCAGCGUAUUAGUCAUGUCGCUGGACCUUGUGAGGGGAAAAACACUGAAGUGUGGGAAUUGGAUAUCGUCUUGUAAUUCUGCCCCUCUUGCCAUCAGUCAUAUUUAAUGGUGGCAUUCCUCUCCAUCCUCCAUCUCUGCAGACCUCCAUUCUGAACAAGCACCUUCAGGAGCUGAUGGACGGGCUGACGGCCAAAGUGUUCCGUACCUACAACGCCUCCAUCACCCUGCAGCAGCAGCUGAAGGAGCUCACCAGCCGUAAGUCACCCACGGCCAUGAAGCCCCACCCAGGGACGGAGGUUCUAAGAAUACACAACCUACCCAAAACAUAUUUAUCUCAGAUUUUGGAUUGGUAUGACCAGAGGUGGGAGGAGCCUUGUUGAUGACAUGAGAGCUCCAGAAUGUUGUAGAUAUUUGUGUGCAGGUGGUCACUUGUAAUAUGGUGUAAAGUCUAUAGCAAGAGUCAUAGCAAUGUCCAUUUUCUCCCCUAUUUUGUAGCUGAUGAGAACCUUCCAGCCAAGAUCCUGUCGUACAACAGGGCCAACAGAGCCGUGGCCAUCCUGUGUAACCAUCAGAGGGCCCCGCCCAAGACCUUUGAGAAGUCCAUGCAGAACCUCCAGACCAAAGUGAGUCACGGGGAGGACACGGCCAGUCGACCUGACAGAUGGCGAAAAAGGAAACAAAUACUAUUGCUACGAUUUGGGAUUUUGUUUUUAGAGUUAACUGUUUGAUGUCCGCUGGAGGCAUACUCUUCCCUUUGUUAUUUUGGGAAUACUUGGCUCUGUAUUGGCAGUGUCUUUUAUAGCCACAUAGUAAGAAUCCAGCUAUACUUGGCCUUAGUUUCAAUAUUAUUAACAUUGAUAAUAUUUAUACCAGAUUGAUGCAAAGAAGGACCAGCUCUCUGAUGCAAAGAGGGAUGUGAAGAGUGCCAAGGCUGACCUCAAAGUACGGAGAGACGAGAAGUCCAAAAAGUAAGUAUGUGGAUAUGAUUGUCAUCCACUGGUACUUAUGCGCUGGGAUGUAGAAGUAGCUGAUUCCCUCCCUUGCUCCCCCAGAGCUGUGGAGACCAAGAAGAAGGCUGUGGAGAGGCUAGAAGAGCAGCUGAUGAAGCUAGAGGUGCAGGCGACUGACCGCGAGGAGAACAAGCAGAUUGCCCUGGGCACCUCCAAACUCAACUACUUGGAUCCACGUAUCUCUGUGGCCUGGUGAGACACGACCGCAAACUUGUUGACCAUCAUGCACAAUGUCUUGCUCUCUCCAUUGCUUGUUCCUUGGCCCACAUACUCCGUUGCUCAGGAUAUGUGGGUGUCUUUUGAUUAGUUAAAAGUAGUGAGUGUGUUGAGGGGUUUAGUUUUGAGUGUCUGAACUCCUGGAGGGUUGAUCAUUCUAAUAUCCUUCUGCUUCUGCGGUCUCCUAGGUGUAAGAAGUGGAGCAUCCCUAUCGAGAAGAUCUACAACAAAACUCAGCGUGAAAAGUUUGCCUGGGCUAUCGACAUGGCAGAUGACGACUAUGAAUUUUAAAUCCUGUUUGCGGUUUUAUAAUUAUGCGAUUUGUAUUGUAAUUUUAUUGGAUACUUGUUUUUAGCUUAACCGAUUACACCAAAUGGCCAGCCUGACAAGGAAAUUAUAAUGAGUGUGCACUCAACAAGCAUGGUGAGGUAGAAGGUCGGGUGUCAGGAUGUAUAGGCCAUUACAGAUGAGCUGGAGGGAGGGGGGGACGAUGUGGGUUAGUCUUUGAAGGUUGGAGGUCAGAUUCAAGGGCAGGACUAUACCCACACCCAAAGGUGAAGCGGUUAUCCCAAUGAUUGGAUGAGAACCAGUGGAUUACCUUUUCUCUCUUCCUCUUCAGCCACAUGCACGACCUAAAGGUGUCUGAACUUUGAACUCUGGGGUCCUAUCGCUACUGUAUUCAACAACAAAAAAUGACUGCUUUGUGUAUCGUUUAGAUUUAUUCUUUUUUGUUCACUUGGUCUGUAUUUUUAGCCCUCCCAUGUAUUAUUAAUGGAUUCUAUAUUUUAAUAGAGAAAAGUUAAAUCAAAUGAAAUCCUGAUGUACACCCACGCGCCUUUGAGGAAAUGAAAUGUGAUCUCUAGGUGUGAGUUGUGGGGGGGGAGACAUGAAAGCUGUGUUUGGGUGAGUGUGAUGUUUUAAACUGGACUAUGUUGAUUUUGUACCAUGAAAGAGGAUGCAUUGACACGCAAGGAGAAAAUGCUACACCCAUGUCAAUAUUUACAUAAGCAGGCAGAAUGUGAUUAAUUUGUUUUACAGUAUCUAUCAGGGACUGAUUUUCAAUGUAAAUGUGAACCAAUCGUUUAAUUUUUCACACCUUGCAUUGCCAGCAUCCUCUGAAUAUUUCUGCAUAGUCUUCAUUUGGUUUUAACUUAAUAAUUUUUAAUGAUUUGUUUCUGAGAGGAAAAAAACUCUCAUAUCUGUUACUUGAAAAAAAAAAAUGCUAUUUUUAAUUAAUGGAAAAUGUUUUUUUUCUUCCAGAAGGGUAUGUGAGGGACAUCAACAUUGCCAAAAAAAUAUACAAAUCUGUUACAAUUUAGGCAGUUAUUUUUUAAAUUGUGUUAAAGACUGAGGACGAAGAACAUUAACAGGAGUUUCAAUGUGAAUUUUAUUCCACUCUAGUGUCAGAGGAAAGUGGUGUUUAUAGUGGUAAGCUCAACUUCCUUUUCCUGUUUUUCAACCUCUUCUGUCAUAGCCUCCAAUCAUGUUCUUGUUUUAUGCUCAUUGUAGGUUGAAAAUGAAUAAAACCCCUCAACUCCACA